AUGGCCGAGUUAUUACCCCAGUUUACGGUAGAAGCUCCUGGAGUCCCUGGCCAGGACCGGCUCGUUGUCAGACCCGAAACCACCCACCAGGGCAGGACAUACACUAAGCCCACCUUACAAGCCUUCCUGCACCUGAGGAAGUUCAAUGACCUGUGUGUGUCCAUUCAGACAGAGGGUGGGCCGGAUGGUACCAUGCCGGUGGUGAGUUUCAGCCCACGGUUCAUGUCCCUGUUCAGGGGGGUGGUGGACGGUUUUUUGGACUGGAUCAAGGUUGAGGUGGAUAUCUGGGUUCAGCAGGCGAUUGUCAAUGAUAAUUUCAACCCCACAAGCGAAGACGAACUACACAGCACAUCCUGCACCGACGUCUUCUGGUCACUGUCGGAGGUACUAACCUUUCUGCAGGGCAUCCAAAUGGGAGACAAGGCCCACUGGUCACAGAGUAUGGAGACGUAUGUGAUGGUGUUGUGUGCGUCUGUGCGGCACUACAUCAGUGAGAUCAGCAAGAUAGCGCGGCAUGAGAGUCUGCGGUUGGAGGAGAAGGCCGGGGCGUACAUGCCCAGUGACGUGGCGUGUACCUUGAUCAAUGACUUUGUGAUGAGUGCGCGAUAUCUGCAGAUUAUUUCAGGAAACCUGAAUAUCAGAACAUCGGCCCUAAAUGAAAUAUUGGAUGAUGCCCCACUUGACCCGGACGAAGUGAACUCGGGGCCGGACAAUUUUAAAAGUACCGGAAAUUCAAAAGCCAAUAGCUUUGGUCUGCCCGGUGACCAGACACGCCCAAGUGCACUAGACCGCCAGACGAGUACUAUCAGCACCACCUCAGCCGCACAGAGCCUUAUGCACCGAGAGAUGAAUCAGACAUCCCGCAUGGUGGCGCUGUGUUUGGUGGGCAAUAUAAGGAUGAUGGGGUCUAGGAUAGUCAAACCAAUCCGUCAGAUCAUUCAGCACAUAAUAAACAAGGACAGUUUCUUCUCGUCCGUUAAAAAUCUCUUCAGCUUUGGCAGCUCCAGCGGCUCCACCCCAGAUCUGUCCAAAUCAGAUGGUAUGAUUAUGGUACGCACGUCUUCGUUACCAUGGCAACGCAAAGCCACCACAAGCACGCCCUUAAGUGCAGAAGUAGCUGAGGAUAUGGCUCCGACACUCGCCUACUUCGACGAUGUCAUGUCGUGUGCCGCCACCCGGCUAUACCCGCACGCGGUGUACCUGAUUCUCGAGGAGAUGUGGGUACAAGUGCUGCAAUGUGCCGAAGAUGUCUUAGAGGCGGGCGAUGCAAAGUCAGAGCUGUCGCUUGCUCGCUUGGGGGAGAGUGUUAUGCAAUUGUGGGAGUUCUUCCAUGCGGAUGGUCAGGGGUUGGGUAUUGAGGUCGUCCAGCGGCCUCGCAUCAAAACAAUACAACAGGUCAUUCAACUACUGCGAGCCAAGGACAUGGAGGGGUUGAUAUCCAUGCACAGUCUCUUCGUGCGUGACGCUGCCGCGCGUGCGUUUGUAUCUAAGACAAUGAAAGCCACGGGCGAUCGGUCUGUGCUGGACUAUCUAAAAUCCACGGGAGAUUAGUGUAAUAAACCUUGCAAUAGAAUCCUAGAAAAGGGCUCAUACGUAGGAGAUGUUAUCCCCC